AACAACAGUCAAAGCAGAGAUCAGCAAGCCUAAUACAGACGAAACCGUCAAAGUUACGGCACAUAUGCAUAAGUUUUCAAAUUGCUUGAAGCUCCUCAACGCUGAUCCAACUGUCUCUUCGAGUUUGAGUGCUCUACCCGACAAACGCCUGACCAGCGAAUCGGAUUGACGCAAGGCAGUAAAUGGAACACCUGCAAUCUUUUCCAGCAUCCGUGCGUUACCAAUUCUGUGAACAAUGCUUUGGGUUGGUGAUUAUGCCAAAAUGCUGUCAUUGAAUCUUGAUCUGGAGGAUCCGGUUUGACUGCCAAAUGACACAAUGACAACGAACCCUACUGCUGUAGGAUAUAAAGUGACUGGUGGGGAGGCGUUGGGCAAGCUCGAGGCGGUUGACAUUACGAAAGAUUGCCCAGCAGAGAUACUGCAUACCACAAUGCUGGGAAUCACCAAAUACCUCCUGCUUGAAUUUUGCGAUUAUCUUGACAGCGACGAGCUCAAAGAAUUCGAGCUAAAGUGCCGCAGCUACGACUCGAAAGCCUUCCGUCGCAUGGUCAGCAGUAGUCUGCGUCUUCGCCGUUCCUUUGUCGGUCGCGAUUACAAGGUCAUUAGCCAGCAGGCAGCCGUCAUCCUCAACGAUAUUCUCCAUCACGGCUGGUCAGCAAAAAGCGAAGAGAAAAUGGAGGGUCUCCGGGCGUUCUUUGACUGCUUUUGUGUACACGGAGAGGUCCUGUCGCUGUUGUUUAUGUCCAAGAUGGAAACAAAGUUCUCUUUGUACAAGCUGCUGCUGGAUAAAAAGAUGGAGGAAUUGACGGCUAUGAUUGGUGUUGUCGACAAUUUCCUUGUUGCGCAAGGAAAGAUAACCGCCAACAGUAAGAUGGGUAGCAAGCCCAAGCUACACAUCUUGCAUCACAUUGUGGAGGAUAUCGAACGUUUCGCCACCGCUAUUCAUUUUGAAUCAGAAAAAGGCGAACAGUUCAACAAAGUCCUCCGAGAACACAUCUUCCACACCAACCGCCACAACCCUUCGCGAGACCUACUUGUUCCCUUUCGACGGUAUACAAUGUUUCGUUGUAUUGUCAAUGGAGGCUAUUUUACCCAUGUCGCGUCCGGUCGACUUGUUGCAAGCCCGUAAUCACUCCAUACCCCACCGUUGACUUCCCUCGUUUAUCCUCUGCAUAUACAACGAACUUUUCUACGUCCAUUUUUACGAAUACAAGUAAGGACGAUGCUGCCAAUGUCAGGUUAAGGCGCUCAGGAAUCGGUACGUUGGAGGUACAUCUUUCAGAGAUAAGUCUUUUGGAAGCAUUGGACAUCCAAGUUUAAGCUACUGAUCAACGAGAGAGCAUCAUCAACAUUGGCAAGUUCGGCUCGCUGUGGA